UCUAUAUUGUGUGUCUUCACGGUGUGCGUAAUGCAGCCGUAGACGCAGCCUGAAUCUAAUUAAAAUUGCAUUAUUUAUUUCAGCGAGUGUUGCCGCAAUUCCCGGUUGGAAGGUGCGCAUGCGCACUAUCUCCUCCUGCUUUAUUAAUUUUUAAUGGAAAUGGCUGCCUUUCCAAUCUAAACCUCUCUGCAAAAGGAAAAACCAAAUCUCGAAAAUAACGAAGGAUUGCAUUAUUCACUGGACUAGAAGGAUAUUCGAUGAAAGGGUCCCAUGAUCCCCAAACAAUUAAGCAGAAAAUGAUGCGCCAGGUUGCCAACAACAACGACUACUGCAUGACCGGCAGGGCCUCCUGCCUGGCAGAAGAUGGCCGACACCCGGCCUCUCACUUUGACCUGUGUGCCUCGCAGCCUAACAAGUUCUAUCCACCUGCCCCGCCUGCAUCCCUGCAGCUGUCGCUGCCUCCGCUGCCUCCGCUGGCACAGAGCCCGCUGAAAGCCGUGUCGUGUCAAACGCUGGACGCCCGCAAUGAGACUCAUCUCCAGGCAGUGGGGCUUAAAGCCAAUGAGGAGACUGAUGAUUCCAAGAAGAAGAAAGGCACUGGGAGGUCUGGGAGACGAGGCAGGCCUUCGGGGACCACAAAGUCUGCGGGCUACAGAACAAGCACUGGGCGCCCUCUGGGAACUACAAAGGCGGCUGGAUUCAAAACGAGUCCAGGGAGGCCUCUAGGCACCACCAAGGCUGCGGGCUAUAAGGUAAGCCCAGGCAGGCCGCCGGGCAGCAUCAAGGCGCUGUCUCGCCUCAACAAACUGGCCUAUGGGACCUGCAGUGGUGCCGCUUUCCCCUAUACAAUGAUGCACAAGCAAGGCUUGUGCGAACCCUCUGGCAAGGAAAAGGAAGCUAACGAGUGAAGUGUGGCCUGUCCGUCUGCCACCUGUCGUAUCUGUGGCUCUCUGAUAUAAAGGGUGUUUAGAUUGGCAGGUAUUUUACUGUCUAUCAGCCUCAAAUGAACCUUUUUUUUAUUUUUGGUAUGUCAGUAUGUUAAACUUUGUGUUUAAAAUGAGACCCAUGGUGAUAUCACAUUAGAGAGGUCACCGUUUAUCCACUACGGGACUGACCGUAUUUGCAUUAAAGUUUGCUCAUUUUUCUUUUCACGAAAGCUGUCGGUUGCAUGCUCGGCUGUGGCAGAAUGAGCGUAGUGCUGGAUAAAAAGUGUUUGCACAUUGAUCAUUUAGCGUUGUGUCACUGCAGCAGUCUCAGAAAGAUAUUAAACAGCAGUAAAUACUUUAGCUCUUACACUCCAAAACAUUUAAUUGAUUAAUGGGCAUUUAUUAAACACAAAUUCUGUAUUUGUAUAUUAAAGAAUAUUUUUCUGAAGAGUUUUGCCCUAAUAUACAUGUAUCAUUCCUAUGAGAAAAAUCACAUUACCACACUUCUAGUAUGAUGGGAGAAAAUAUUGUGUAAAAACACUAUUUAAUCUGCAAAGUGCUUCAUUUUACUCCUCUUUGCACAGGCUGAUAGAAUUCCUAAAAUGAUAGACUUGUUUUAAUUAUGGCCCAUUUUGUGGCUUCAGAACUCUCACACACUCCAAAUAUUUUCUGUGGCCACCGGUUUGACACACAUUAAUCGAGGCAGGAUUUGAAUGACUUGUCAAUUUGUUAGUUGUACAUGACAAAUUAAGGAACCAUUACUCACUGUUUUUUAUGUGGACAAGAAUCUAUAGGGAGACAAUACUAUGAGAAUAUGUGUCAUUUCUAAUGUUUCACCAGGUAUUUUUUUAAAUUCACACGACUAAAGACUAAAAUAUGAGUGUGUUCUAGGUAUAGGUUACACCACAUCGAAAUAAAAAGAGAAAUUCUGUUAAAUAAUUGUCUACUGAAUUUUCGCCUGUGUUUUGAAAUCACUGCACAGUUCGACUGAGAAGUUAUUAUACUGUAGGAUAUGGACACGCUGAUCAUUUAUUUAUAGUAAACAUGCUGCUGUCUUUGGGCUUCAUAUUAUAAGUGUAUUAAUAUUUUGGGGGGAUUUUCACCUUUCCCGUUAAUAUAUUCUUCUAAGGGAAAAAAGUUAUGCUUUCAUUUCCUAUAGUGACAUACACCUUAUAUACCUUUUUGUGGUUGUGUUUUAUUUACUUGGUUUUUAUUUUAUUUGUAUUCAGCUUCUUUGUUUUCAUUCCUCCUUGUACUCCUGCUGGUGCAAUAUCGUGAAAUUCACUCUGCUGGCGAUUCCUCUUAUGAAAAUUUAAAGUUGGAGGCUAAUGAUGUGUUUCAAACAGUACAAAACUGUAAAAUCAUAAAAAGGUUCAUAGGGUAAUUAGAUUAUAUUCCACUGUUAACAGUAUAUUUGCAUUUUACACCGCUUUGUCCUGUGGGUUUAACCUUUGAGCACUACAUAUAUCUUUUUAUAUCUUUCUCAUUAUCCUUAUGAUUAUCAGUUAUUUGCUAAUCAUUGAAUGGUUCGUACCUUACUGGAUCAUCAUUUAAAGGCUUCCCAUCUCUGUGUUUUUCUGCCUACCAACUAAAGAAUCUAAAUUGAGCAAAAAAUACACCAUGAUUUUCACGUAAAUUUCUGUGAUCUUUACACUUCAUUGAGCAUGUUGGGACUUGUAAAGCAGAUUCAGAGCAGAUGAACAAAAAUCAAUUUCCAUUCACAUCAUUUUUAUUAUGACAUGCAUCGUUUUUCGGUUAGACUAUUCGGUUAGAACUAUGUUAUUUAAUGUCUGUCAGUAUGUCUUAAAGUGUGUGUAAUUUGUCAUUUAGAGCUUUUUCAAGUAACCGACAGUUUUAAGUGAAUAAAAAGCUAAGAGACCACAGUGAUGAGGCGUAGGCCGGGCUGUGCACUGGGCAGUGUGUGGCUUAGUGUGCUAAGUCUGUGUGCCUAUAACCCCGAAGUUGCAGGUUCAAACCCUGCCUCAGCACAUCUGUGGGUCCUUGAGCAAAGCCCUUAGCUCCCAGCUCUCUGGCCAAUGCUAUGGGUGGCUGCUCCUCACAGACAGCUUGCUCUGUAAAGAGCAAAUUGAGGGAGGUGUAAAAAAGAAUUUCCUCACAGGGCCUACAAAGGAUCCAUUGUUAUUUACUUUUCUUGGAAUCGCACGCUGUAUGGCUGUUAAGCUGCCUCUUUUGUUGUGCCCACAUCUAACUGUCUUUAUUCAUAUAGUCACGUCAUUUUUUCUUGGCAUCUACGUUGUUUUAAAAUGCACCUUUGUCUGUACAGAACAUGGUGGUGAAAUUUGCGAUGGGUAUGUUCCUUUUUGAACAUAUUACCGGUCCCAGGUAAUUUGCUUUUUUGCCACAUGUGUUUUUCAUUCAGCAGACGUUAUUGAUAUGCAGAUAUGAAAGCUUUCUAUUGGAGAUAUUCACUUACUGGAAUAUUCCAGAGGGGACACUCCUCUGUGACCAGCUUGAGGUUAAUCCAUGAAGGCCUACAUAUUUGACAGCCUCGGGGCCCAAGUUCUAAAAACUUUGACUGUGUUGUUUUAGGAGUUAGAAAAUAAACUAAAAACGACACCAAUGAAAUGCUCUCCAUGUGUGAAACAGGUCGUUUAGAGGGGUCAUUUAGAUUAGCAAUAAAUGAGAAAAAUGUAUGGUACAGUAAUGUAGUGUUGCGUAAGAAGCCAUUUUACUGUCACUACUACCAAAAAUCUGAUGCUUAGCCUCCUUACAAAGUUGUUUUGGGCCUAUGAACAGAAACAGUAAUGGACAUUGGUAAGGACUUUCCCAGCUCGCUCUGACGAAGACUUAUUCUCUCAACAAACAAUGAAUUUUGAACUAAAUGUUAUGUCAUGCAUUGUUAGCAGUUCAUUUGAUCAGAGACGGGACUCUUAUCAUCACAAAGUUGUAUUUUUUUCUUGCAUGAUUGUUAAGUGUGGAGAAUAUUCGUGUAAUAAACAAUUGAAUAUCCUAAA